AAGAUGGAGUGCAUGUCUGCAAGUCCCCCUCAGCCACUGUCCAGGGAGGCAACUCUGGGGGAGCGAGGGGGACGUGCAUGUUUGUCCUGGAGCCCCCAUGGGUCUGCUGGGCCGAUGGAGAAGACACCCAGCUUACAGAGAGAGACAAAAGAAAGAAACAGAGACGAGAGAGGGGAAGAAAGAGGAAGAAAGAGGGGUCUGAGUCAGGGCCGCCCCCACGGACCCCCUCCUCCCGCUGUAUCCACUGGCCGGCUGCAUGGUGGGCAGCGUGUGGGCUGCUCUGGGGCUCUCCCUGGCAUGCACCUCGGCCCUCAGCCUGCUGUCCCCUGCCUGGUUCCACGUGUCCACCUUCUCCUUUGGCGUCUUCACCUACUGUUCCCGGGCCCCGGGGGCCGGCUGGAACCAGAGCUGUGCCACCUUUCAGGCCCUGUACCAGAUUCCCGACGCCGCGUGGAAGGUGUCGGCUGCGCUUCUCCUGGGCGGCUGGCUCCUGCUGGCCUUCAACGCCGUCCUCCUCCUGGCCUGGGCCCUGGCCCCCAAGGGGCUGUGUCCGAGGAGGAGGAGCAGCGGGCCGGUGCCGGGCGUGCAGGCAGCCGCAGAAUGGCCGGCCAGCCCCGAGCCUGAGGACACAUUGGCCUUCCCUCCCAUGUCUCCAGCUGCGUCUACCAUCGCGGGCCUCCUCGUCUUCCCCGUCAGCCUGGCCUCCCCGUUCGCCCAGGAGGUCUGCGGACCCUCGUCCAUAUACAGUGCCGGGCAGUGCCAGCUGGGCUGGGGCUACGUGACCGCCAUCCUCAACGCCGUGCUGGCCAGCCUCCUCCUCAUGAUCGGCAGGCCCCGUGCGGCCCAGGCCCAGGGGACGGCCGUGCUUUUCUCCAGUGACAGGGAGAGAAUCAUCCUCAUGCCAGAGAUGAGCAAGUAGCCUGUGCAGGAAGAGGAGGUACAGGAGGAGGAGUAGCAGGAGGCGUCAGCGGGGCUUGGCCAGAGCCAGCACUGCACUGAGACACGUGUCCCUGCUCCUCCCUGCGCGGGACCUCUGACCAGCCCUAGGCCUCUCUGGACCGAGGUGCAAGUGAGCUGUCUGGUGUUAACACCUCCGUCCCAGGGACGAGGGAAGGGGACAUGACAGUGGCCUUGAGACUGUCUGCAAGCCAAGCUGAGCAUGUGGUGGGCACACCACCACCGGAGAACCCCAGGCCCCGUUAUUAGAGCCUGUGUUCAGAGGACUCAGGGGAGAACUGCAUCUGCUAGCGAAGUUCGGUGCCAACUGCGUAUCAAUAAAAAUAAGCAUCAUGGGGCCGGGUGGUGUUGCACCUGGUUGAGCACACGUGCUACAGGGCGCAAGGACCUAGGUUCGAGCCCCCAGUCCCCACCUGCAAGGGGAAAGCUUUGCGAGUGGUGAAGCAGGGCUACAGGUGUCUCUCUGUCUGUCGCCCUCUCUAUCCCUG